AUGGCCACUGCAAACGCUUCGCAAGGCUCGGUAACACCAAAGAACCACAACAAAUCCCCAUUUCCUAAACUCAAACGGACAUUCAAGAAAUCGAAACAACCUGACAAGACCAAGGCAACGUUACCGAUAGAUCUGCCAAGCAGAUCCCUUCAGGAUGCCGUUCCUCAGAUCUCUCACACCCCUGAAUUACAUUUGACGGAGCUUUGGGACGCGGCAUACGAAGAGCUAAAGUCCUCAGAAAAAAAGCUCAUCGACGAGUAUGAGGAAAACCUUCGUGGAGAUCUGACGACGAUGCUCGGUGCUACUGAGUCAUUCUCGGGUCUCAAGAUUGAGCGCAAAGAUCUCAUGCGGCAAUUGUUGACACAGAAGAUCGCUGAAACGAAAGAAAAUACCUGGAAGUUGAAGUUUGGCGAGCACAAGAUUCCUGUCAAAGACUUGGCUGAGCCUGUCAUUGGGAUUAUCAGGUGGGCGGAUGAUUACAUAUCUGGUGCUUUGAGCGCGAACCCUUACGCUUCUAUUGCUUGGGCAGGAGUAUACGAUAUUUGGAAGGACACUAGGGAGCAGGAGGCGCAGGAAAAAGUAUAUCGACAACACAAGGAGAAUUCUGAAGCUAUGGGGACGAUCUCAUGGAAUCUCGUUUCACUUCAGAUGUCCAUUGAUGCACGACAACGAGAAACAUGCAGGAGUGACCUACUCGACUGGCUCUCCUCUGUUGACCCCUCGAAGAAUUAUAAUAACGCGCUACGUACCCGAGAAGAUGGAACAGGAAACUGGCUCUUGAAAAGCAGGAACUUCAAAGAUUGGGAGAUUGGACGUAGAUCUCUCUUGUGGUCGAACGGGAAAGGUAUCACUCUCUCACCAGCUGGUUCUGGAAAGUCUAUAUUGAGUGCUUCAAUCAUCGAACAUUUGCGAGAAGCCUAUGGGCCGAACCCGGAGACUGCGUUAGCGUACUUCUAUUUCAGCUUCAACGAUGGGAAGAAACAGAACGUAGUGGAAGCCCUUUCCUCCAUUGUCAAACAACUCUGCUGUCGUCGGCCCGACACCCCUGAGGCUGUGGAAGCCCUUCGACAAUACAAAACUUCUGGACAACGGCCUGACCAGAAAACGCUUGAAAAGACGUUAGAUGCCGUGCUCCAUGGAUUCACCCAUGUUCACAUUGUAUUGGACGCUCUUGACGAGUGCCCAUCCGAUGAUCAAGCGAGGCAUAAUCUACUUGAAACUAUUGGUCGGGUUCUAGCCAGUGAGCCCGAUAAUCUGCACUUGCUUCUUACAAGUCGAAGAGAGGUUGACAUUGAGAAAGCAUUAAUACCCGCACUAUCAAAUGCUUCUUCGGAUUGCUUUAGUAUCGACAUCAACGUGCUAAAUGAGCAAGAGGCCCUCGAAACUGAUAUUACUUUUCAUAUUGACCACGAGUUCAACACCGAGCCUUUCUGUUCGUGGCCACCUGAUAUAAAGGAGGAAGUAAAGUCUGCAUUAAUCAAUAACGCAGAUGGAAUGUUUCAAUACGUGGCAUGCCAAUUCAAUGAUCUCCGACUUCAUGGUUCCAGAGCCACGAUUCGAGCCGCUCUAAGAAAUCUUCCUAAAGGACUCGAUGAUACAUACGACAGAAUGCUCCAGGGUGUGGCUCCACAAUACCAGCAAAGAGUUGCAGGCGUGCUGAAAUGGCUUGCAUUCUCACUUCGACCACUUACCCUUGAUGAGGUUGCUGAAGCCUUUAUCCUCGAUCCGGAAAAGGAAGUGCCAUUCGAUGAAGAUGAGCGAAUCUUCAACGUACUCACACAUCUCACUGGGCUUGUUAUUCAAGUACCAAUUGGAGAUGAUGGAGAUCCGCAGAUCCAACUUGCCCACUUCUCAAUCAAGGAGUAUUUAUGCUGUGGGCGCAUGACCCUGAAACACUUCUCAGCCGAAGAGGAAAGUUCACACUUGUACUUGGCCAAGUCUUGCCUUGCGUAUCAUUUACAGCUAAGUAGCGAAAGAUUUGCAACGACAGAUACCAUGAAACCCUAUGCUCUUUGGGAUUAUGCAGCUCGGGCAUGGACUUUGCACCUAGAAAAAGUUAAGCCCCAGACAUGGACGGAUCAUCUCAUCAGGGAAGCCACUGGAGCACUUUCAGCUGGCUCACAAAGUUUGUUCAAUAUGAUUCGAAUAUCCGAUCCGGAUGAGGAAUGGGAAGGGCUAAAUGAGGACGAAAACACCGGUUCACUGUCCUUGCCGCUUUACUGUACUGCUUCUUGGGGCUUGUACCAACUUACUUCACUCCUCAUUCGCAACGGAGCUGGAAUCAAUGAUGUCUCCGAAACUAGCGCACGGGGGACUGCCUUACACGCAGCAGCUUAUCAUGAACAUGAUGAAAUUGCCAUAUUAUUGCUGGCGAACCAAGCCGAUGUCAAUAUAGUAUAUGAGGGGAUGAGUGCACUGCAGUUGGCGGCAGCUUCAUGUAGUCAGACUACGGUACAAGUCCUUCUUGAUCACGGAGCCGAUAUAGGAAUAGAAGGUGGAUAUACAUACACGCGUUGA